AGAAGAUAAUAUCCAACCCUACCCAAAUCCAUAGAAUUGAAAAUAAGACAAGAUAUGCUGCCAGCAGGAUUGAUGGCAAAAGGGAAACACUUUUCCUAUCUCCUCUCAAAGCCUUCAAAAAUCAACACUAAUAUACCUAUAUAUAUUAGUUACAUAUAUCCAUACUCACAUCUCGCCCUCCAUCUCGCGAUCGCCACACAGUUAGGCAAAAUCGCAUACUGUUACAACAACACAUAAAAACCGUCCUCACAUCCCAACCCCCACAAAAUCUCCAUUGCCAUCCAUACCUUAUCCACAGCCAUCACUGUCAAUGGAUGUCAUUUUUGAGCCCCAAAGAGGCGGGCCAUUCUCCAUUGAAGUGGGUUUCUUUGAUACAGUCUCGGAGAUCAAAGAGAAGGUACACAAGUACCAUGGUAUACCUAUAAACAAGCAAACCCUAGUUUUUCAUGGCCAAGUUCUUCAAGAUGAUAAAGAUGUAGAAUAUUGUGAAAUCCUCCAAAACUCUCGCAUUCAACUCCUUAUAACACCUGAAACCGAUCAAAUACCUCAAGACAAGGUUGAACAAACCUCACACUCCAAGAAAGUUCAGCUGCGUAUCAAGAUUCCAUCAAACCAAACGCUUGUCCCUCUUGAAAUGGAUAUGAGCGAUACUGUGCUACAUCUAAAAGAAAAGAUUCGUGAGAUAGAGCCAGUUCCAGUUAAAAGAUUAGUGCUACAAUCGAAUGGUGCGGAGUUGCAAGAUCAUCAGUCUUUACAUGAAUGUGAGUUGAAGUAUAAUAGUGAGAUUAGCGUCAACGUAAAGCCAUCACCAUCUGGCUCAGGAUCAAAAGGGGGCUCUACAGGUUUCAAGAAACUGAGGGUGAUUGUUGUGACCAAGUGUGGCACUAAGAAGAUUCCUGUCGAAGUGAAUCCAUCGGAUAAUGUUGGAGAGCUUAGAAAAGAGCUGCAAGAUUUGCAACAGAAAAAUCAAUUCCAUCUUCCACAAGAAGGGUACUUUUUCAUACAUAAACAGGAUGUUAUGGACGAUGAUCGAUCGUUUCGGUGGCACCGUGUUAACCAGGGUGAUACAAUUGAUGUCUUCAAUGGAAGAGUAACCAGUGGAUCUUAGUAUUUCAUGAAUUUUCCUUAGGGUAAUUUUCCAUGACAUGUGCUUCAAUUUUUCUAGGGUUGUUAACUGUAUAAAUCAAGGCUCAAGCACUGACUUUAGGCUCAGCAUCAACAUUCUACUCUUUGAACAAGUUAUGAUCAUGCAGUGUUAGUAAAUUUCCUUUUCAAUACUUAGAUAGCAUAUAUUGCUUUUGUGCUUCGAUUUUUAAGACGUAAACCUUUGUGAUGAGAAAUUACUUUCACACUACUCGAUAGUUAAUUUGUUCAAGAUUAUGUUAAAAAUUCUUCAGUGUUUUUGGUAUA